CAAGGCGGAAGAGGGAAGAAUUGAGUCCACCCUUGGACGACCUGGUUAAGAUUUAUCAUCAGGUUUACAUUGAAAACAUCUAACACCGGGAAAAGGAUAGCAUUGGCGGUUGUCAUUUGGGCUUACACACGGGUGAAUUUAGUAUUGUAAUGACAAAGUUAUGAUGAUCACCUAGAUGAUCUAAGAGGACCAUGGACACCAGGAGGGCUUCACUUAUAUACUUUUUGCUGUGUUGUCUAGUGCAAGCACCAGAGGCAUCAACAACAGCAGAAGUAAUAACAACAACACCACAGGCGACAACAACAUCAGAAAUUACACCAACACCACUACAGGCAACAACAGCAGCAGAAAUAACAACAACAACGACAACAACAACAACUGAGACAACAACAUCAGGAAUAACAACAACACAACCACAGGCAACAACAACAGCAGAAAUAACAACAACAACACCUGAGGCAACAACAACAGCAGAAAUAACAACAACAACACCUGAGGCAACAACAACAGCAGCAAAAAUUACAACAACAAUACCUGAGACAACAACAACUGCAAAAAUAACAACAACAGCACCGAUGACAACAACAUUAGAAAUAACAACAACAACAACAGCACCAACAACAUCAGAAUCACAGAAAACAUCAGGAGAAGCAACAUCAACAACAAUACCUAAGAUAUCAACAAAUACAACCACAACAGAAGCAACAACAACAAUAAUAGCAUCAACAUCAUCAUCAACAACAACAACAACACCGCGAACAACAACAGAACCAACAGCAACACCAACAGCACCACAGACAGCAACAUCAAAAUUAACUACAAACUUCGAGUCCACACCAACUGAACAAACAACAUCAAAAACUACAGACACUCCAGCCAACACUAGUAACACAACAGAAGGUUUUUCAAAUGAAACUACGACUACUUCCACGACAGAAACUUUCACGACAACUGCACCAGGGCAAAACAACACUGACGAUCAAACUACACCAAAUAUAACAACCACAACUUCAAUGUCAUCAUCUUUGUCCUCUUCAAGUUUUUCAAACUCAACAUUAUCAUCAAACCCAUCCACAGAGCCUACACCAGAAUCCACAAAACCAAACACGCCUUCCAACACAUCUACAGCAACGGUAAAUUACACCUCAUCCAAGAGCUCAACCACACCGAGCGCCGAAAGUAGUUCCACCAUGGACUUUUCUAGAAUCUCAACUUCAAUAUCUUCAAUUGCUGAUACAACCAGCGUGCCUUCUGAUUCAUCAUCUGUUCAAUCACAACCAUCCACUGCAUCAUCAACUCCGACAGUAAUCUCAACACCAGCUGGGUCUCCAGCAUCUUCAUCUUCAUCCGGGUCGCCAUCAUCAACGACCAAGUCCGAAGCUGAAAAUGAGAUUUCGCAGUUGAAAGAUGACAUAUCAGAUUUGAAAGACGAGAGGAGAUCAUUCGUCAUUGCUGUUAUAAUACUAGCCAUUGCUGUUGUCGUUAUCACCAGUGUUCUCAUAUUCUACAUGAUCUGCAAAAAAUGCCGACAAAAGAAACCAUUCUUUCAAAACAUCGACUACGAUAUCGAAAAUCCUACGCGUCGCAAAAGUUGGUUCCUGGCUUCAUACCACUCCGAAAGUGUUCGUCCGUUCUCCGUCAAUCUAUUCUGGAAUGGUGAUGCGAAAGGAGAAUUAUCCGACAACCAAGAAUUGACUUCAACAUUCCAAGGGUCAAGACCUCAGUCGGAGACAUUCCCCACAGACUCGUUAUCGGAGGCCGAAAGUAAAUUUUGAUAAUUCUAUGGACCUGCCCAAUGUUUUUAUGCCCGGAAGAGCCAGCAGAACUUCAGCGGGUGAUAGUUUUGACAAAAAUAUCAAAACUUCCACUUUUGGUCGUGAAAGUUAAAGAGGUAGUAAUGAAACAGUACGUGUCUGUUUUUGUAUGUUCGAAUGAGAAUGAUCUGAAUGAAAACCAGGAAACAAUAAGUGGUAUUUAUUUGCAAUGUUUUACACUAUAUACACGACUUUGUCGUGUGCAAUAGAUGUUGUGCACAUGAUAUUUUUUAACAUUAAACUUUUAACAACCAACAAUGUAUACACAUUUCGUUGAAUAAAUAAAAUAAAUAAAAUGGUAGACAGGUAUGAGUAACACAUAACAAGGACAAUGCAUGAGAUGUCUGUAACAGAACAGACAACAUUGAUACAACAUUUGAACAUUAUCUAUACACUGAAUUACAUCUCUUAUUGGUCUCAUAACCGUUUCUUUUUCUUUAAAUAUAAUGACGAAAACAUA